GCAGCCCUUCCCUGGUCUGCACACUACACUGCACUACCUACCGCUCGUCACACCAUCAGCAGUGACGUCGUCAGUGACUCCUCAAGCUUACGCUUCACUCCUCACUCCCAACACCUGCGAUCGAUCGAUCCUCUAUAUAACCAGCUACCAGGAUCCCCUGAUUCCCGUGCAAAGAAAGCGUUCUUGAUUCACCCAACACUCGGUCAGUCCCUCUGCUUGCCAGAUUCCCACUUCACCAGGAAACUGAAUCCGCGCCACCGCCGUCGCAAGCAUGCAGCCGAAGGACGCCGCCGAGGACAUCGUCAUCGCGGGCGCCGGAUUGGCCGGCCUCGCGGCGGCGCUCGGACUGCACAGGAAAGGGGUGAGGAGCCUGGUGCUGGAGUCGUCGCCGUCGCUGCGGGCGUCGGGAUUCGCGUUCGCGACGUGGAAGAACGCCUUCCGGGCGCUCGACGCCCUCGGGGUCGGCGACAAGAUCAGGGAGCAGCAUCUGCAGGUCCAGGCGUUGCGCGUCGUGGCUUCCGCCACCGGAGAAAUCGUGCGGGAAGCAGACUUCACGCAGCAGGGGAAACGAGGGGCACUGGAAAUCCGUUGCGUCAGGCGCGACCUGCUGCUGCAGGCCUUGGAGGGGGAGCUGCCAAAAGGCACCAUCCGCUACUCCUCCAAGAUUGUCUCCAUCGAGGAGGAUGGCAACAUCAAGAUCCUUCAACUUGCCGAUGGCUCAGUUCUGAGAGCAAAGGUAUUGACCCAAGCUAUUUGUUACAGGAAAUUGAAAUGUUCAUCAAGGCGUUCUCUGUAUCUGCAGGUACUGAUCGGAUGCGACGGGAUCAACUCCGUGGUGGCGAAAUGGCUGGGCCUCGCGAAGCCGUCCUACUCGGGGCGCUCGGCGGCGAGAGGCCUUGCGCAUUACCCGGACGGCCACGGCUUCGAGCCCAAGUUCCUGAUGUUUAUCGGCAACGGCUUCCGAUCCGGCAUGCUGCCCUGCAACCGGACUGAAAUCUACUGGUUCUUCACCUGGACUCCAUCCGAACACGAUAAGGGCGCCGACGAGAGCGCGGCCAAGAUGAAGCAGUUCGUGCUGGACAAGCUCCGGGGCUCGAAGGUGCCACAAGAGGCUCUGGCGGUGAUCGACAAGAGCGAGAUGAGCGACGUCCUCGCCGCGCCGCUGCGGUUCCGGCCGCCGCUCUCGCUGGUCACCGGGAGCAUCAGCAAGGGUAACGUGUGCGUGGCCGGAGACGCGCUGCACCCGAUGACGCCGGACCUCGGCCAGGGCGGCUGCUCGGCGCUGGAGGACGGCGUCGUCCUAGCCAGAUGCCUCGGCGAGGCCCUUGCGGUCAAGGACGCCAAGGGUGGCAGCGCCGAGAAGGAGCGGAUCGAGGCCGGACUGCGCCAGUACGCCAGGAUCAGGCGGUGGAGGAGCGUCGAGCUCAUCGCGACGGCCUACACGAUCGGCUUCAUACAGCAGAGUGACAAUGCGAUCGUAAGCUUCCUGCGGGACAAGUUCCUGUCGGGAGUGCUCGCGGGGAGGCUUCUGAAAAUGGCGGACUAUGACUGCGGCGCGCUCUGAAUCUAGCUCGUGAUCUUCUACUUUAUGCGUGUGAGUUUCCGUGAAAUGUGAUCUCCUUAUGUGGGUGUGGGGGUAAACUCGUGGAUUCAUGUCGGAACUUAUAUUUCCUUCGUUAAAAAUGAGAUCCUAGUACCACUUUGUGCUAAUAUUGCAAUCUGCAAGUUCAAGAAAAUUUCAUGCCAGUUAUUGGAA